AUGCUAAUUCUUCAACUCCUCCCAAAUACCCUCGCCUCCCCGCUACACAUCCCACAGACUAUACGAUGCCCGGACGAAAGCAUCUACGCCUUCCACAACGAGACCGAGGCCGAUCGGUCGAGAUAUAUCUUUAUCGAGUACCACGCGCCCAGCUUACACUUCGCCUACUUCAACCCGGAGACCAAGGCCUGUCAGUUCACCUCAAAUACGAAGGAUCUCGUGGACAAUUCGGGCUCCACUGCUUCUCCAGAAUCCACCACCACAUCAGCCACCGAAGACUUCACGAUGCCCUCCUCGACUCUACCCACGAAUUCUGAGGGCCAGGCCGCCGAGGCAGAAUCAGGAGUGACAGAGGCUAGCGGAGAGGAGGAGACGACCACACUGACGCCUGAAGCCACGACGGUGGCUGUUGCGCAGGAGAAGGAGUCCGUCACGGUGAUCGCUGGAAUUGGAGAGGAGGCGACAACUGUCGUUAGUACCGAAAAGGAAUCGGUUACGGUGGUUGCGGAGAACCCGACAACUUCUGGAAGUGAGGUCGAGGCUAGUGGAGAGGAGCCAACUACAGCUGAAGCAGUCUCAACUACUGUAGCCACGACGCUCCAAACAACACCCGAAGGUACGGUAGCUCCGGAAGCAGGCGCGACAGUACCUUCUGAAGCAGCGUCAGCGACGACUGUGGCAGCAGCGACGUCUGCAGCUCCAGAACACACGACGGUAGUCUCUGAAGUGAAGGAAUCGGCUACUAUCAUCUCUGUUGUGCCAAUCGCUACUGGAUCAGAAUCGAGUACCCAGACACAAGAAGAAGGUACCACCGUCGUUAGUACUGAAAAGGAAUCGGUUACGGUAGUCGCAGAAAACCCGACGACAUCUGGAAACGACGUCGAGGCUAGUGGAGAAGAGCCAACAAAAUCUGAAGAAGUCACGACUACGGUAGCUACUCCAAGCUCUACCGAAAACAAAGAAGUUGCUGGUGCUACCAUCGUUCCAAUCGUAUCCGAAUCGGCGAGCCAAACAGUUAUAGCUUCAGAAGCUACAUCUGAAGUCCCAACGACACCAGUGUCUGAAACGGCUUCGGAAGCCACUACAAUACUUCCUAACGAAGACGCCACCGCUACUGUGGAGCCCGGAACGACCAAGGAGAUCCUUGGAAACCUUUCGCCCGAUUUGGCCGGUCCCAGCACGACCCCCUCAACGGUUGCCCUAGAAGAGGAUGGCAGUGGUGAAGAGGUGCUGAGCUCUGAUGUUGUCACGACGACGACUAUAGCUAGUGCUACUGGAGAAGCGGUAUCUCAAGAGGCCACGACGGCUAUCGUUGGUGUUUUGACGCCAGAUCUGGAGGGUACGACGACGUCGGCUUCUGCUGCGCCUGAAGAGCCGACCACUGUAGCUGCAACUGGGCCGAAGUUUUCCGAAGCAAGCUCCACUUCCUCGUCCGAAGCCGCUGUAACGACAACUGUGGAAUCGGCGACUUCAGCCGCUCCAGAAGGCAGUACGACGGUCGUUUCGGAAGUCAAGGAAUCGGCUACUGUAAUUUCUGUCGUGCCAAUUGCUACUGAACCUGGGGCAACAACUGGAGCCCCAGAAGAGGGGACAACUGUGGUCAGUACUGAAAAGGAAUCGGUGACGGUGGUUGCGGAGAACCCGACGUCUUCUGGAAGUGAGGUCGAAGCUUCUGGAGAGGAGCCAGCGAUAGCUGAAGAAGUCUCGACUACGGUACCUACCCCCAGCUCUACCGAACUCCCCGAAGUUGCCGGUGCUACCAUCGUUCCAAUCGUAUCAGAAUCGUCGACUGCGACGUCAACAGCUUCUGAAGCCACGUCAGAAGCCACUUCUGAAGUCCCAACGUCUGCUCCUGAAACCACUUCUGAAUCCACCACCCAGCCCACCGUCGUCAGAAUCGAGUCCAACGUCACCAAAGUCGAGAUCGUGACCGGAGCCCCAGAAGUUGAAGGAAGUGGCGUGACCCCGAAAGUGCCAGAAUCCGAGAAAUCUCAUCUGGACCGAAUUUCCGAGCUCGUCACGCAGGCGACGAACCUGGUCAACGGCCUUUUCUCCACUACACCGACCCCAGUAGAAGAUGAGGAGCUACUAUCACGCAAUGAAACCUCUGGAAGUACACUUGAAGGCACGACGAUCACUCCUGAAGGCUCUGGAGCUGAAGCUUCCGAAGCUGCUGAAGCCACGACGGUCGUUGUCCUGGCUUCUUCUGAGAAGACCGUGGUGCUUUCUGAGGGUCCUGAAGCGGCAACUGAAGCCACGACGUCAUCUGGAGCUACGGCAGCAGCUACUGACGAAGCUACCCAGCCUACCAUCGUCUCUUCCAACCUCGAAGCGGAAGCUACGACGGAAAGAAAGAUCGAGGCGACGACUCCGUCAGAAUUUGUCGUCAGUGCCACGCCGAUUACCGUGGUGGAAUCGGGAGCCUCGACUUCAGAAUCCGUGACGGCUUCCACAUCGAUCUCGACGUCGUCUGAACCUGAAUCUCUCUCAACCGGUGCUCCAGUUGUCAUCCCUGCCGUCGUAGCCGAAGCUACAACUCCAGGAGUGGUUUCAAGCACCGUCUCGGACGUCACUUCUGAAGCCACGUCUUUGACGGAGGGUUCUGGAGCAGAACAAGCUGAAGAAGCUACGACAACAGUCGUUGUGGUGUCUUCGGAGAAGACCGUCGUUGAAUCGGAAGGACCACUGACAAACGAAACUGCUUCUACUUCUGAAGCUACGCCGUCAACUCCAGAUUCUGCACCUACAGUCGUCGCCACCAACCUUGCAGCAGCUUCUGAAACGACGACGUCAGCGAGUCCAGAAGUCACGGCAACGACGUCAGCAACUUCUGAAGCUACCACGCCUUCUGAAACCGUCAUCACUGCCAUACCAGUCGUCGCCGUGGAUUCUGGAGCGUCGACUUCGGAAUCAACGGUCACCACGACGAUCUCUGGAGCUGAAUCUACCGUAUCCCCAUCUACUGGCGAGCCCCUAGUCAUCACUGCCGUUGAAUCAACGACUCCUGAAGCGGCCACGACCACGGUGUCAGAAUCCAGUGGUGGAGAGGCAACAUCUUAUGAAGCUGCCACGACAGCCCUGACCGAGGGUUCUGGAGCGGAAGCCGAGGAAGCCGCGACGACGGCGACGGUCGUUGAGGUGUCUUCCGAGAAGACGGUGGUGUCUUCUGAAAGCCCUACUGAAGAGGUCACGACGCCUGUGGUUGAGCCUGAACAUUCUACAGCUAUCGCUUCAAACCUUGAAGCCACUGCAACGACGUCCGCCACUUCUGAAGCUAACGUCACGACGUCAGCCACCCCGGAAGCCACGACCCCAUCAGAAACCAUCAUCACUGCCUUCCCAAUCGUCGUCGUGAAUUCUGGAGCCACAUCAACCACCGAAGCUCCGGCCACGUCCUCGACCUCUGAGCCUGAGAUCGAUGCGUCUUCUGGAGCCCCGGUCGUCAUCACCGCUGUCGAGACCACCACUCCGGAAGUUGCUGAAACUACCGCUUCUGCCGUCGAGGGUUCGGGAGCUGAAGAAACGACGACCACCGUACUUGAAGCGUCAUCGGAGAAGACGGUAGUCACAGAAUCCAGCGGUGAAGUGCCGACACCACUUGUCGUCAGUAACGUUGAGGAGGAGCAGGUCACCACCACGCAGAAGGCUGAGGAGGAGGAGACGCUGAGCACGAGCAGCACAAGGAUCAGCCCAGUUGAUUCUACGGGACAACCUGAUCUUGAGCGUACUGAGGCUCCGACGACGACUGUUGAAUCACCGACUUCAGCGGCUCCAGAAGCCAGCAGUACCGUCGUUUCUGAAGAGAAGGAAUCGGCUACUGUCAUCUCUGUCGUGCCAAUCGCUACUGAAUCUGGAGCAACAACUGGAGCACCAGAAGAGGGGACAACUGUGGUCAGUACUGAAAAGGAAUCCGUGACCGUAGUGGCUGAGAAUCCGACAACUUCGGGUAGUGAGGUCGAGGCUAGUGGAGAAGAGCCAACGACAGUCGAAGAAGUUGCGACUACGGUAGCCAGCGUGGAACCUUCCACUACGCUUCAAACAACACCCGAAGGUACGGUAGCUCCAGAGGCUAGCAGCAUCGUCGUUUCAGAAGAGAAGGAAUCGGCUACUGUAAUUUCUGUCAUCCCUAUUGCUACUGAAUCAGGAACAUCAACUGGAGCGCCAGAAGAGGGUACAACCGUCGUUAGUACUCAAAAGGAAUCCGUGACGGUGGUUGCCGAGAAUCCGACAACGUCUGGAAGUGAGGUCGAGGGUAGUGGAGAAGAGCCAACGACUGUUGAACAAGUAUCGACUACGGUAGCCACGCCAAACUCCACUGAAUCUCAAGAAGUUGCGGGUGCUACCAUCGUUCCAAUCGUAUCAGAAUCCUCGAAUGCGACGUCAACAGCUUCUGAAGCCACCACCGAGCAGCCAGCCUUUGUCACGGAAGCUGAAUCCACGACCGAAGCCACCACCGUCAAGACCUUCAAGGAAAUCGCCGCCGAUCUGGCAGCCGCAGCUGCUAGUCAGGUUGUUAAUGACACUGAAGGAAGUGGAGCAUCCGAGGGACUGACGUCUUCUACGGUCAUCCCAAUCGAACAAGGGCCUCUUGAUCGCUUGGCGGCUGACUUGCAAAACCUCGUGCACCAAGCUGAGGAGAUUCUGGAGGUGAACGGCACGAUUCCGGAGAAAACUGAGGGACAGCAAGCACUUGCUGAAGAGGGAUCUGGGGCUGAAGCGGAAACGACGACGUUAGUGUCCGACACGUCUUCUGGAGCUACUGUAACUGCUGCUGAAGCGGAGUCCACCACGACCUUAGCUUCUGAAGAUGUUGGAUCAUCUACCGUAACGCCCGUUGAGGCUACGAGUGAGGCUCAGGCCUCGACUUCUGAAGCUCCAGCUCAUCUACUGCCUCUUGUUGUUCCCGUCGAGUCGAGCACGGUUGUGGCAACUGAUGGACCAACAACAGUAGAACCAGUUGAAGCAACGACCGUACUGAGGACUGGAGCGGAAUCUGAUGCUGAGGUGACGACAGUUGGAGCUGUGAAAGCCACCGGAGCUACAGUAACUGCUGCCGAAGCCGAAGCCACGACAGCAGCUUCAUCUGGAGCGGCAGUCGUAGCCACAGAAGCCGAGCCCACGACCCUGGCCACAAUUCUGGAGAGCUCCAGCAAGAAGCAGAUCAUUGAAGGGGACAAGUCAACGAUCGCCUCGAUCUCUGAAUCCUCGAGCCAAGUCACAGUCGUUGAAGGAAGCGGUCAAGAAGCCGAAACUCCUGCUCCAGAAACUCCGACCACGACAUCUAGCGAGACUUCUGAAGCCACCCCUCAAGUCGAAGGAGCAACCAUCGUCCCUCAAGAAGCGGUAACUGAAGGUAGCGGAGUAGUGAGCACGACAAUGCCAAGCCUGGAGACGACAACCGAGGAAAAGCCGCUCGGGCAACUCGCUGCCGACUUGGCUUCAGCCGUCGCGACAAAACUUGGGCUUGACGAGACGACAACUCAGAAGAUCGUUGUCGAGGAGAAGAACGAGACGAUCAUCGAGGGAAGUGGCGGUGUUGUGGAAGCUGUGCACGAUGCCGAGGCGACAACUGUCAAAGUGAUUUCAGCAAGUACAGAAGAGCUUCUGACGUCUUCUGAUGCUGCUGUACCAGUAGCGUCUGAAGGACAUGAGGGACCCGCUGCUGAGGCUACAACAACUUCUGCAGUUGAAACUACGAACGUAGAAGAGACCACAACCACUACUGGAGCCCCACUCCUACCCCUCGUCGUCCCGGUCGAUACCUCAUCUACAGCAGCUCCUGGAGAAGUUGAGAACAUCGUCUCUUCUACGGUCAUCAGCCGAGAUGGUGCUCAAGCCACUGAAGCUUCUCAACCUGGCGUCGAAGAAGCCAGUGGAGAAACUGUGGUGCCAGUUGGAGCCGAGAUCACGACUACUGAAGCUCCUGCCACAUCCGGAGCCACUGUAACUGCUGCUGAACCUGUAGCCACCACGGCGUUGACUUCUGAAGGCGCUGGAUCAUCUACCGUAACACCUGUUGAGGCUACGAGUGGAGCUCAACCUUCGACCUCUGAAGCUCCAGCUCAUCUACUGCCUCUAGUUGUUCCCGUCGAGUCGAGCACCGUAGUUGCGUUUGACGGAUCGACUACCGUAGUACCAGAUGAGGCAACGACCGUACUGAGGUCCGGAGCGGAAUCUGAUGCUGAGGUGACGACCGUUGGAGCUGUUGAAGCCACGGGAGAUACAGUAACUGCUGCUGAAGCUGAAGCCACGACCGCUGCUUCGUCUGGAGCAAAAGUCGUAGCCACAGAAGCCGAACCCACGACCCUGGCCACAAUUCUGGAGAGCUCCAGCAAGAAGCAGAUCAUCAAGGGGGAACAGACAACGAUCGCCACGAUCUCCGAAUCCUCCAGCCAGGCCACAAUGGUUGAAGGAAGCGGUCAAGAAGCCGAAACUGCUGCUCCGGAAUCUCCUACCACUGCUGAGCCCAUGCCGGCCUUCGUCACCGAUUCUGGAGUCGAUGAGGAGGAAACUACGACGGUUCCCACCUCGUCUACUGCUGCCGAAGAAGUGCAAAGCUCCAGUUUGACGCCAGAUGGCUCGGAAGCCAUUACUCAGGUUCCGGAAGUUACCACAGUGCUGGUUGCCAAGAACGAGACGUCGGUCAAAACGGAAGUUGUCGAAGGAAGCGGGCAAGAAGAUGAAGUCGCAACCACCACCGACUCGAAGCCGCUUGGGCAGCUUGCCGCCGAUCUGGCGGCCGCUGCGGCGAACUUGUUGAAGACCGAGGAGGAGAACGCGACGACAGUGCACCCAAUGGAAGAGCCAGCUACGGUCUCUCAAGCACCAACAGUAGAGGGUAGCGGUCAGGAAGUUCAGGAGAAGAACGAGACGACCGUGGUUACAGAAACGACGAGCCAGAAGCCGCUUGGAGAUGAAGAGGUCCUCACAGCGAUUCCGGAGAAGACGGAAGGAGAGAACGCACUUGCUGCUGACGCCGGAACUACUCCCGAACCCGCAGCAUCCACAAUAGCUGCCAUCGUUCCUGUCAUCGUCCCUGUUGAGGGCCAGAAGACCGCUCCUCAAGCGACGACCAUAGCUCCAGAAUCUACGACCGUCGCCCUGGGAACGGUUGAAAAAGCCAGUGGAGAGACGGUGGUACUCGGUGAAGUUGUGACGACAACUACUGAAGCGCCUGCCACCUCUGGAGGUACUGUAACUGCUGCUGACGCUGAAGCUACUACAACUGUCACUUCUGAAGCUGUUGCAUCAUCUACCGUAACACCUGUUGAGGCCACGAGUGAAGCUCAACCUUCGACUUCGGAAGCUCCAGCUCACCUACUGCCCCUUGUUGUGCCCGUCGAGUCGAGCACCGUAGUGGCGUCUGAUGGCUCAACGACUGUUGUACCAGAUGAGGCAACGACGGUACUGAGGACUGGAGCGGAAUCUGAUGCUGAGGUGACGACCGUUGGAGAUGUGAAAGCCGCCGGAGCUACAGUAACUGCUGCCGAAGCAGAAGCCACGACCGCAGCUUCAUCUGGAGCUACCGUCGUAGCCACAGAUGCCGAGCCCACGACCCUGGCCACAAUUCUGGAGAGCUCCAGCAAGAAGCAGAUCAUUGAAGGAGAAGAGACAACGAUUUCUACAAUUUCUGAAUCCUCGAGUCAGGCUACAGUCGUUGAAGGAAGCGGUCAAGAAGCCGAAACUGCCGCUUCAGAAUCUCCCACAACGACUAUGAGCACCACCAUCGAGAAAAACGAGACGGUAGUCCAGGCGGGCACCAUCGAACCCCCAGUAGUGGAGGGAAGUGGCAUGGAGGUCGAGCAGAAGAACGUCAGCUUUGUCACCGGAGGCCCGGAAUCGGAUGAGGAGCUGCUCGUGACGUCAUCAGCGCCAAGGACAGAGGGUCAAGAAGGUGUCGGGGAGGAGGGGACUACGGAAGCGAGCACGACGGAGGGAGAACCAACUAUCGUUCCUGUUGUCGUUCCACUUGAUGGUUCCACGACCUUGGCUUCUGAUUCUGGUGUACCCUCUACGACAGCACUCCCGGAAGCUACGACUUCUGAAGGGCUACCAACUAUUGUACCGAUUGUUGUGCCUCUGGACGGCUCCAAGACCUCGGCUUCUGAUUCUGACGUAACGACUUCGACAGCACUUCCGGAAGCCACAACCUCUGAAGGCCUUCCAACCAUCGUCCCUGUCGUCGUUUCACUGAACGGCUCAAAGACCUCGGCUUCUGAUUCUGGCCUAACCACGACAACUGCACUUCCGGAAGCCACAACUUCUGAAGGUCUUCCAACCAUCGUCCCUGUCGUUGUCCCGCUCGAAGGCUCAAACGCCAACCUCGAAACCUCAGAGGUCAAGGCUGAAAAUGCCUCAACGACGACUCCAAGCAGUUCAGUCAAUGAUAACACCGUAGCGCCAGAAGCGGAAGCAUCUACCGUACUCGCCCAACAAGAAGAAUCGGCGACCACCGUCGCCAAGACGAGCACCGAGAAACCCGAACUCACCCCCGACCUGAUGCCCAUCGUCCCGGUCCCGGUCCAUGUCGAGGGUAGUGGAACGGAGGCUGAGAAGAGCCCGGCUGGGGAAGCGGAAACGACUGAAGCUACGUCCACCACGACCGUCAAUGCCGUUACAGUACAGUGUUCAAUGACGACGAAACCUCGACCAUCCUAUGAGUGCACCAAGGAGGUAGCCGUCCUCACCCAAGGAAUCCUGCCCGUCACCCUCGAAUGCGUCCAGUGUGGAUUG